CAGCCGCUCCCCUGGAGCAAGACAGCUCAAGGGAGAAGAUGUGUAGCAGGGGCCUAAGGACGAGUUUGCUGGGCGUGGUGGUCGGAGCGGCGACGGUGGAGAGCAUGACCCUGACUGCCAGGAGCGGCGGCGGCUUCUUGAGGAUGAUGGUGACGAGGUCGUCGUCUCCGACGUACGCUGCUGCCAACAAGCGCACCAUGUCGAUGUCGGUUGAUGCUGGAGUAGACGCGGCCCGGUACACCAACUUCAUCAAGGACAAGGCGAAGUUCCCGAACCCCCCGAGGCGUUUGCCGACCCUCCUGCGGUUCCUGCAGCACAAGGGUCUCACCCCGGUAGACCCCGCGGACCGCGCGGGGCUGAACCCUUUCCUCGUCCCCCUCGUCAAGGGGGAUGACGGGGUUGUGACGGGACUGCUGCGAUGGCCUACAUCGCCGGAGACGCUAGAGAUGCCGGUCGUGAGAAACGGGGAGACUGGGCUGGAGCUGUUGGCGGACAACGCCGAGCACUUCAUUAGGAGGGUGGUAGCCGAGGAGGACUUCGCGGGGUCGGCCGACAGCGAGGAGCUCAUCCGGUUGGGCAAUGAGGGGCUGCCAGAAGCGGAUCCCCUGUACGAGAAGGGUGCUGUGGAAAACCUUGGCGUAGGAGUGGAGAAGUACCUCGCUCUCCGGGUCGGGGCCUUCGCCGACGUGUACGAGUGGCUCACGGCGUCCCACCUAGAGAAGGGAGACUCCACGGCGGCCUUGGCUUCCGCGGAGAAGGCCAACGAGAUCUUCGUGGGCUGGGGGCGGCCGUACGGUCACUACGCCAGGGUGCUUGCCAAGAUGGACAGAAGAGAAAUGGAGGCCAAGGACGCGGCGAAGGUGUCUCUGCGGUGCCCCUGCUGGACCAUUUCCCCCAACAGCAAGGACUUGGAGGAGGUGGUCAAGAUCGCGGGGUAUGAGGACAUGGCGAGCGUCCUGACGAUGUACGAGGGGAUGGCGGCGGACGAGCAGCCAGACAAGAUCAACGAAGGGAAAUCUCCGAUGCAGGUGGCGCUUGACCGGGCCGCUCAUCUCAUGGACGCGGUGGCCUUCGGACACAAGGACUGGGACGGGGUCCGCGAGGAGCUCGCCGAGAGGUACGAUCAAGGAGGUAUCCCCGACAUCGCGCGGUUUGUCAGAAUGGAAUGA